CUCGCGCAGUCGCUUCCGGUUGAAGACGUGGCCGCUGCCAUAUUGGAGCUGCAGUUAGUGAGACGCAGGGUUCAGGGCACGGCGGAUAACGGAUAGCAGACAGCUUCUUUUCGGCGGGGGCUCGCCUCGACAGACUGAGCUGGACCACCGCAGCCAAGAACCGGAGCAGUCGGACUGAAAAUGGUGCUUUUGGCAGCAGCAGUGUGCACCAAGGCAGGCAAGGCCAUCGUGUCACGGCAGUUCGUGGAGAUGACCCGCACGCGCAUCGAGGGCCUCCUGGCCGCCUUCCCCAAGCUCAUGAACACGGGCAAGCAGCACACCUUCGUGGAGACGGAGAGCGUGCGAUACGUCUACCAGCCCCUGGAGAAACUCUACAUGGUGCUGAUCACCACCAAGAACAGCAACAUCCUUGAAGAUCUGGAGACCCUCCGGCUCUUCUCCCGUGUGAUACCGGAGUACUGCAGGGUGCUGGAGGAGAGUGAGAUCUCGGAGCACUGUUUCGACGUCAUCUUCGCCUUUGAUGAGAUUGUGGCACUAGGAUACCGGGAGAACGUCAACCUGGCUCAGAUCCGCACCUUCACUGAGAUGGACUCUCAUGAGGAGAAGGUGUUCCGUGCAGUCCGGGAGACUCAGGAACGUGAGGCAAAGGCGGAGAUGCGACGGAAGGCGAAGGAGCUGCAGCAGGCCCGUCGCGAUGCGGAACGUUCCGGGAAGAAGGCGCCAGGCUUUGGGGGAUUCGGUAGCUCGGGGAUGACAGGUGCCAACGCCGGCUCUAUCAUCACAGAUACCCUCAUCGAGCCCGAGAAACCGAAGGUGACACCGGCACCCAUGAGACCAACUGGUCCCAGUAAGGCCCUAAAGUUGGGUGCCAGGGGGAAGGAAGUAGAUGACUUUGUGGACAAGCUUAAGUCUGAAGGGGAGAACAUCAUCACGCCCGGCACAGGGAGGAAGCUCUCGGAAGCCUCCAAAGUCUUGGCCGCCCCAGUCAACACAGAGAGCGUGCACAUGCGGGUCGAGGAGAAGAUCUCCCUGACCUGCGGGCGGGAUGGGGGCGUCCAGAACAUGGAGAUCCUGGGCAUGAUCACCCUGAGGGUGUCGGAUGAGAAGAACGGUCGCAUCCGCCUCCAAGUCAGCAACAAUGACAAGAAGGGCAUGCAGCUGCAGACCCACCCCAAUGUGGACAAGAAGCUCUUCACAGCGGAGUCGGUGAUCGGGCUAAAGAACCCAGACAAGUCCUUCCCCCUCCACAGUGAUGUUGGGGUGCUGAAGUGGAGGUUACAGACCACAGAUGAGUCCCUCAUUCCUCUCACGAUAAACUGUUGGCCCUCUGAGAGUGGCACUGGUUGUGACGUGAACAUCGAAUACGAACUGCAGGAGGAGGGUCUGGAGCUCAACGACAUCGUCAUUGCCAUCCCUGUGCCUUCGGGUGUAGGAGCUCCCGUCAUUGGGGACCUGGACGGAGAGUAUCGCCACGAUAGUCGGCGGAACAUUCUGGAAUGGUGUCUACCUGUCAUUGACAUCAAGAACAAGACGGGCAGCCUGGAAUUCAGUGUAGCCGGACAGCCUGGUGACUUCUUCCCCAUCAAUGUUUCCUUUGUCUCCAAGGCAAAUUACUGCGACAUCCAGGUUUCCAAAGUGUCUCAAGUCGACGGGGACAGCCCUGUGAGGUUCUCCAUAGAGACGUCGCUGGUGGUCGACAAGUAUGAGAUACUGUAAAAGAGACACCGUGGGAGUGGGGGUGGGGGAGGGGAGGGGGGUGGAUCUGGAACUGGGCGGAACGGAACCAGCAAGCAGAAAGUGAUAUUGGCCUGUUCUGAUGCAGUUUGCCCAUGGGGAGCUGUGUUUCACAAGGUGGCUUCUCCAUGGUGUGCUGUGUUGGGUGUGUUUGUACCUUUAUACAAUGUUGGGGGUGGAGGAUUUAAAGAAGAAAAAAGAAAGAAACUCAGGAAGAAGGAGAAUGUGCUGUAUCAGCAAAGAGGGGAUUGUUUGUGGGGGGGAGGGAAUAGGAUAGAUAUUAGUGACGGUGGCAUGUGGGGGCAACACAUCUGCAUUAGCGAUCAAAACGUCACCCGAACUGUCAAAGUAACAGCGGAUGCUGGGCGGUAACACGAGCCCCGCGGUCAUGUGGGGUGGCGGGGGUGCACUUCCUGCCGUGAGCGACGGGCCGCAGCGGACCGUGUGCCUGGCCUGUGUGAUGGGCUCUGAUCUCUCGUACACUACUAUAAAUACCACCUCUGCAUACGGCAUGUCCCUCAUGCUGCCAAACACUCGCAGGUUCAGAGAAACAGAGGGUCCUCCCAUUGUGCCCAAAUCUGUCGUCAUCGGGGGGGUUGAAGGAUGCUCUUUUAUAUAUAUAUAUAUAAUAUAAUAAAUAAAAAUCAUACAAGUUAGACACUGCCCUUCAGUUAAAUUGUUAAAUGUGGCAUCUCCAUGAUACAUUUCUGCGCUGGUGUAUAAUUACAGGAGCCAUUUUUCUUAGUUACUUUUAUUGUUGGGGAGCAGUGCUUUCUCUCCGCCUGGGGGUAUUGGUUACUCCGUGACCCAUCAGGCUUCCCCGUGUUGGUGUCUCUGCCAUGUCAUCAAUCCUAUCUCCCCCCCCCCCCCCCCCCAACUGUCAUGUGAUACCAUGUUUAAUUUAACUGACCGAACAGCAGUCGCUCGGUCAGGCAUUUGAGAUGUGUGUUUUUUCUUCCUUGAAUGAGUCUCAUAGAGUUGAGCCCCAAGCCCCCGUGCACCCUGAUUGGCUGGUGUGCCUGUCAGUCAGAUUUCAUCAAUGAUUUGCUUGAAUUGCCUGACAGGUGUGGUCUGGUUGCAAAUUCGCUCUAAAAACACCACCACCACCAUCGCCCCACCCCCACCCGCCCCACCAGUGGGAAUUUCUACCAACAGUACAGUUUGUGUGAAGGAAAUGGAGUCGUGCCAUGUACACUGGGAGUCCUCUCCCAGCCUUAGCUGACACACUUCGAUUUCCUUGGUUACUGUACAUGCUUUCGAAAUGGCUUGAAGGUUUGUCACGAAUGUGCUCUUAAUUCCCAAGAAGUCACAGAGAAAAUGACUGCUGUUUAUUUGGCUAGCCUGUUUUAUACAUGAUUGUAUGGGCUUGAAGUCCUCAAAAAUCAUUUCAAAAUGCAUAACUACACAGGAAUGAUUCAUCCAGAGAAAUCAAUGUGAAAGGAUUUAGUUGUAAUUUGACUCCUAGCCCUAGAGUGGCAAAGCAUCCCCCCCCCCCCCCAUUACAUGCCAGUUCACGUAAGCAAACAGCCCUCACUUGAUCUGUGUUCAGAACUGUCUUUGUUAGUCCUGGUUAUCAGCCUAGUUUGAGGAACCAAAUGAAUACUGUUUUGUUUGUUUGUUUUGAGAAUUCUUCGGGGUUAGGACUGUAGGUAGGGGGCGUUGGAGGACGCCGAAGGUUAUUUUGAAAUUUUUGUAACCGUAUGAGAGAUAAUGGGAAAUUAUAAAUAACAUUCCAAAGUAAAAAUGAUAAUAGCUGUAAUAAUAAAAUCUGAUAGUUAA